AUGUCCUGCUCCAGCCUGUGCGUGCCCAGCUGUGGCGUGGCCACCCCGGCCCCUGUGGCUGACACCUGCAACGAGCCCUGCGUGCGGCAGUGCCCCGACUCCACGGUGGUCAUCCAGCCGCCGGCCUCGGUGGUCACCUUCCCCGGGCCCAUCCUCAGCUCCUUCCCGCAGCAGAGCGCCGUGGGCUCGGCCGGAGCUCCCUACGUGGGAGCCGGCGCCGGGGGCGCCUUUGGGAGCCGCGGGGGCUACGGGGGCUACGGGGGCUACGGGGCCCUUGGGGGUUAUGGGGGUUAUGGAGGUUUUGGGGGCUAUGGAGGUUUUGGGGGCUAUGGCAGCUGUGGCCGCGGUUCCCGCUCCUUCGGGGGCUCCUGCGGGCCCUGCUAA